GAUGACGUCACGGCGUCCUGUAGCGCGCGUGCGUUCGGCCAUAGAGUUCAUUGUCCUGCGCCUCAACGACAAGAGAGUUUACAGUAGACCCGCAUACCGUCUAUUUCUCAUCUGCUACCGAUCUGCUAUCUGUUUCGAAGAGUGGGAACAAAAAGGACACAUUCAACAGGUUGAUUUCCGUCCUUCAAUGCUGUAGCUGUCCGGUUCCCGUGUAUUUCAUUCCCCCUACGGAUUUACAGGAGGAGCGAACAUGCCUUUGGGACUCAGGAAAAAGAAAAACAAGUCGAAGGAAAACUCGAACUUAGUGGAAAACGAGGAGGUCAGCGGACACGCAGGUGUCGGGAAGUCCGCGGUGAACGGUGGCGGACUGCCUGCUCCACCUGCCAACAUGCGACCGAAACUGGUGUUUCACACGCAGCUCGCGCACGGGAGUCCCACGGGCCGGAUCGAGGGCUUCACGAACGUCAAAGAGCUGUACGGAAAAAUAGCAGAAGCGUUUAAUUUAAAUCAAGAUGAGAUCCUAUUUUGCACACUCAACACCCACAAAAUUGAUAUGGAAAAGCUGCUGGGAGGGCAGAUAGGACUGGAGGACUUCAUCUUCGCUCACAUAAAAGGGCUCAAAAAGGAGGUGGAGGUGUACAAAGCUGAGGAGGCACUUGGGCUCACCAUCACAGACAAUGGAGCUGGAUAUGCCUUCAUAAAGCGUAUCAAAGAGGGCAGUGUGAUGGAUGGGGUAAAGGUGAUCUGUGUGGGAGAUCAUAUUGAAUGCAUUAACGGAAAGAACAUUGUUGGAAUGCGGCAUUUUGAGGUGGCACGAAUGCUGAAGGAGCUGCCUAAGGAUCAGUCCUUCACCAUCAAACUCAUGGAGCCCAUGAAAGCCUUCGAGAUGCUUGAACCAAGGUCAAGAGGAGGCGGAGGCGGAGGCAAAUCAUCAGGAGAUGGCAAGAUAGGCACAGGCAGAGAAACCCUCAGAUUACGCUCCAAAGGUCCCGCAACAGUCGAGGAGAUGCCCUCAGAGUUUGAAGAGAAGGCAGUGAAGAAAGUGGAUGACCUUCUUGAGAGCUACAUGGGCAUUCGAGACACUGAAUUAGCCGCCACGAUGGUCGAGGUGGGCAGAGAUAAGAAGAACCCUGAUGAGUUUGCCAUGGCUCUGGACGAGGCUCUUGGUGACUUUGCCUUCCCAGAUGAGUUUGUGUUCGACGUUUGGGGAGCCAUCGGUGACGCUAAACAGGGACGGUUUUAAGUGCUGCUAAACACAUACGCAAUACGCACACCACACAUUAAAAAAAACUGUGCUGAAAUCAAGAGCAUCCUGUUCAGAGUCAUGCAGUUUAUAGCUAGCAUGCUGAACAUUUGAAUUUAUGUGAUUGACAAAAACAUUUUUAUAAAUACAAAUAAAUAAUAAACAAAAAAUAAUAGUAAAUAUCA